AUGGACAGCACAUCACCUGAGCUCCCGCCAUACAACAUGCCUAGCGAGUUAUCCUCAAUGAUGAGCGGCAGCACGCCCUACGACAUAAUCGCCGCGCAGUUUGUCUCACGCAUUAACUCCAACGAGAACGGCUACUGCACUCCGACGUCACUGUGGUCCAGCCCUCAAAGCCCGACCUCAAGUAUCGACCACAGCAAGGCCGACGACUCGCAUGAUGAAGCACAUUCGCCCGCCAGCGGAUCGGAAGAGUCUUCCAAGCCCACCGAGAAAGGAAGACGAGGCAACAGAUAUAAAAACUGCAGCGAGACAGUGCUAUCAAAGCGCCGCGCCCAGAACCGCGCCAACCAGCGCGCCUACCGAAAGCGCAAGGAGUCCCGUCUCGAGGAGCUCCAGGCCCAGAUCCAGGACAUGAGUCAAAAGAACGACGCGCUCUGCUGCGCGUAUAGACUCUUGGCCAACGAGUGCUGCAGGCUCCGCGCGAGCCAGCAAAUGUCCGCCGCGGGGCCGGCUCCGGCGGCGUGGAACUUGAUGAGCGGCAGCAGUACCAACGCGGCCGGGAGCUUGGCGCUGGACAUGUCUGCGCUCGACGCGUACCGCAUCGUCCCUCCGCCCUUGUCGACUUCAAGUCCCGUCCCCGAGUCAUAUCUCGACUAUCCCGGGAGCCCCGAUAAGUUGUGGAGUCGCUAUUGA